AUGAGUUAAGAAAAUAAAGAAGAAAUAAUUAAUCAUAUACUAAAAGCCACAACAUUUUGCUCAAAGAAGUGUGAUACAUUAAAAGUAGAUUAAUUUAAAGGAAAAGAGACAGAAUGCUUAAUUUAAUGUGGUUAUGGUUUUGCAGCCUCAAUUCAUUAUUAAGGAUAAUUCAUGAAGUAUUUAAUGGAGCAAACUGAAGGCAUGGAAGAAUGAAUAUUAUUUCUUAAAAAAUUAAUAUAAUUAUCCUAUAAACUUAAAAAAAA